CUACUUCCGGGGUCUAAUUACUAGCUAGCCAGCCUCGAUACCGUGCCGUCUAGUCUAGCAAGAGCAAGAUUAAGAAUGAGCAGUUCCGAAGAGCUCAAGAAGCCUCAUGGCCUUCCCAACAAAUACCUAGAUGAUCUGGAUAAUGAUUUUUUCUACCAUUUCAGCUACUCGAGGUCUGAUUGCAAGAAGAAGUUCGGAGAUGUUAAAAUAGUGGUGUGUGGAGGUAGCAUGAGCAGAAUGGGAGUGUUUGCAGAGAAGGUCGCCAGGGAGAUUGGUCAUCACCAGGUCACCAAGGAGGAGUUAAGUAUUUCACGGACAGACAGAUUUGCUUUCUACAAGAUAGGACGUGUACUUUCUGUCAGUCACGGUAUGGGUGUACCCUCCCUCACCAUCAUGCUGCAUGAGAUCAUCAAGCUCCUCAGAUACGCCGAGGCUGAUGACCCUGUCAUCAUCAGACUGGGCACCUCUGGGGGACUAGGUGUACCUGCUGGCACUGUGGUUGUUACCAACAAAGCAUACAAUGCCUUCUGUGAGGAGGUCCAUGAGAUUGUGGUGAUGGGUAAGAGAGUGAGGAGGCCUUCUCUGAUGAAUCAAGACGUAGCACAGGAGAUAAAGUCUUGUCAAGAUGACCACUCUUUCAAAACAGUCCUUGCUGGCACGAUGUGCACUGAUGAUUUCUAUGAAGGUCAAGCCAGGACAGACGGUGCCGUGUGUGAGCACACAGAGGAAGAGAAACUGGCCUAUCUGAAGGAGAUCAAAGAGAAGGGGAUCUCUAACAUAGAGAUGGAGUGCUCUGCACUGGCUGCCCUCACUCACCACACUGGGAUCAAAGCCGCCGUCGUGUGUGUGGCUCUCCUCGACCGUCUCAAGGGAGAUCAGGUGUCCAUCUCACCAGAGGAUUAUGCCGAAUAUCAGAGGAGGCCACAAGCUCUCAUUGUCAGGUUUAUCAAGCACAAACUAGGAAUUUAAGAUGAACCAACUUUGAGCAAAAAAUUUAUAUGCGUGCAGGUACUAUAGAACAUAGACUGAUUGUAUUUUUUUUAUUCAGUAUUUAUAUUUGUGCAUAGAGAAAGUUAGUUUUAUUGAACAAUUUAAUUUAUCGUGUUAAAAUUAAUUUUGAAUAGUUAUUAUAAUUAUAGAUGAAUAAGA